GCUGGAGGAGCUGGGCACCCCUGGAUGGUUGGAAUCCUGAGCUGCAGCAGAGCAGCACAGCAGGAGCCAUGUCGCUGCCCUUCCGAAAGGAGCUGGAGAAGUACAAGAACAUCAACGAGGAUGAAAUACUCAGCAAGCUCUCAGAGGAUGAACUGAAGCAGCUAGAACAUGUCCUUGAUGACCUUGAUCCUGAGAAUGCCCUGCUCCCGGCGGGAUUCCGGCAGAAGGACCAGACCACCAAAGCCGCCACGGGCCCCUUCGACAGAGAGCGCCUGCUCUCCUACCUGGAGAAACAAGCCUUGGAGCACAAGGACAGAGAGGACUUCGUGCCCUUCACGGGGGAAAAGAAAGGCAAAAUAUUUAUCCCUAAAGAGAAGCCCGUGGAAACACGCAAGGAAGAGAAGGUGACCCUGGAUCCAGAGCUGGAAGAGGCCCUGGCCAGUGCUUCUGAUACUGAGCUCUAUGACCUUGCAGCUGUUCUUGGAGUGCACAACAUGGUCAACAACCCCAAAUUUGAUGAAGCAGGAGCCCGCGGUAAAGAUGGAAAAGGAAUUGUGAGAAAUGUGGUGAAAGGUGAGAAGGUCAAGCCCAUCUUUGAGGAGCCACCUAAUCCAACCAAUGUGGAAGCAAGUUUACAAAGGAUAAAAGCAAAUGAUCCCAGUCUCACAGAAGUUAAUCUCAACAACAUAAAGAAUAUUCCUAUUCCAACACUGAAAGAUUUUGCAAAAGCUCUGGAAACCAACACACAUGUGAAGACAUUCAGUCUUGCAGCUACUCGAAGCAAUGACCCCGUAGCCAUUGCAUUUGCAGAUAUGUUGAAAGUGAACAAAACACUGAAGAGUCUGAAUGUAGAAUCCAACUUCAUCACUGGGACAGGGAUUUUGGCACUGAUUGAUGCACUGAAAAAGAAUGAAUCCCUAACAGAGAUUAAAAUUGACAACCAGAGGCAGCAGCUUGGGACAGCUGUGGAGAUGGAGAUUGCCAAGAUGCUGGAGGAGAACUCCAGGAUUCUCAAGUUUGGAUACCAGUUCACAAAACAAGGUCCAAGAACCAGGGUAGCAGCAGCUAUCACUAAAAACAACGAUCUGGUGCGCAAGAAGCGGGUGGAAGGGGAGCGCCAGUAGCCACGGGACACCAGGCACGACUGGAGAGCACCACCACUGCAGCCCCAGAGUGCUCACUGCUCAGAGGGGAAGGCGCUGGAAAACUAUUGCAAUGGGAGUUGCUGAUUUCUGUCAAUGUCUCUCCUUUUAACCUUGAAAACAGAGCCUGCUCAUUCCUAAUUUUUGUGGUUAAUUUAAUUCUUAUUGGAAAGGUCCAUAGUUGGUUUGAUUUUAAUGAAGGAAAUGGUUUGCAGUAUCUGAAGCCAAUAUGCAGCAUCUUAACUGUGUUACUGAGCAUAAUAUAUAGUGACUCUGACCCUUAUUUUAGACACUUUUUGAUAUAUAAAAAUAUCACCUUGUAUAUGGAUAAGGGAUUCUCUGCUGAAAAUAGAAAUUUUAGGGCCAAGUUCUGCAAUGCCUUAUGUUUGUGAAUAAUCCUUACCCGUGUGUAUAGUCCUGCUGAACUGAAUCCUGCAAAGGGCUGCUCCCAGGAGUAGAGCUAGUGAUGCCAGUACAGGUUUGCAGGUUCCCACCCCUGAGCCUCUCUCCUGCAGGGACCUGGGCAGCUGGAAGCACCUUGGAACAGCUCCUGUCCCCCCUGGUGGGUCUGCACCCGCCCAGCUCCCUGUGCAGGGUCACGCCUAGACGUGCAAACAUUGUCAAAGCGUACUUGUUUACAUCAGCUUAGGUUAGCUGGAUCAUUUUGCAAUGUUACACUGAUGUUUUUUAUUCUUACUCCACAUUGUAAGGUAAUAUUAGUACUGCCAAUCCUGUAGACAUUGAAUGUUUUGGGUUUUUUUCCUAGGCCAAUGAGUUUUUGUUUGCUACUAGAAUGCACAGUUUACAGCUAGUGAUCUUAACCUAAACAAGUAUUCUGAGCAAUAUUUGCUUUGAGCCAUGAGUUUGACUUUUUUAGUUCUGUAUUUAUGUACAUUUGUUAGCAUUAUAGGACUGUUCUCAGGAUCUUUUAGAUGAAGAUUAAUUAAAUGCUUAAUCCAAGAGAGCCACUGUGCUACCAGGGAAAAAAAAAGACAUUAAAGGGGUAGUUUGGACAGCCACAUGACUGA